CUACAAUGGAGAAAGGGACGAGUUCAUGGGCAUCAUCUGGAUCUUCGUAUGAGGUUUUUCUAAGUUUUCGAGGAACAGACACCCAUUAUGAAUUCACCGAUUGUCUUUACCAUGCCAUGGUUGAGGCUGGGAUCAACGUCUUUAGAGACAAUGAAUCCCUCCAUGUCAGUAAGGAAAUUGGUGGUGAACUUCUACAAGCAAUUGAGAAUUCCAAGAUCUACAUUCCCAUUUUCUCUAAGAAUUAUGCUUCCAGUCAUUGGUGCCUUCGAGAGCUCGCAUAUAUGGUCGAGUGCACCUCGAAAUCAAAUGGGAAUAAAGAGAUUCUACCAAUUUUCUUGAACGUGGAACCUGCUGAUGUCAAGCUCAAAACAAAUUUGUACAAACAAACUCUUUCAAAGCGCCAUAAGAUGUCGUGCACUGAAGUGGAGUCAUGGGAAAAGGCUCUCAUCGAGGUGGGCAAGAUAAAGGGAUGGAAUUGGAGGAAAGAUCAAGGCCAAGGUGAUCUGAUACGAUCGGUAAUUCAAACUGUUUCGGUUAAGCUGAAGGUUGCACAUGAAAUGUGACUGAACAUCUAGUUGGAGUUGAUGAUCGUGUAGAAGCUACAAUCAAAAUGUUGGAUGUGGGAUCUGAUAGUGUGCGAUUUCUUGGAAUCCAUGGAAUGGGCGGUGUUGGCAAAACAACCCUUGCUAAGGUCGUCUUCAACAAACUUUUUUCUAGCUUUGACCAAUGUUGUUUCCUUGCAAACAUUCGGGAAUUAUCAAAAGGCAAUCAUGGUAUGGUAAAUUUGCAAAAACAAUGGUAUCCAAGCUCAUUGAUUCUCAUUCUAUCAACCAAAUUUAUCAUGUGAAUGAUAGGAUCAACAUGAUCAACAAGGGAGUACUGAGAAAUAAAAAAGUACUCGAUGUUCUUGAUGACGUGGAUGAUAAAAAGCAACUGAAAAGUCUAGCAGAAAAAGGUAAUUGGUUUGGUUUUGGUAGUAGGAUUAUCAUAACCACUAGGGACCAAAGUGUCUUAAAGAUUGAGGGAGCAGCAACAAGUGAAGGCCUUAUAAAAAAAAAUCAGCAAAUGUUUCGACUUGCGAAGCGUGUGAAAUGGAAUUUGAUCAUGCUCUUAAGCUUUUCAGCAGGCAUGCCUUUAGAAGAGAUUCUCCACCAGAUCAUUAUGUCUCCCUUUCAAAAGAAGUCAUCUCCACUUUGGGAAAUCUUCCUUUAGCUCUUGAAAUUACAGGUUCAUCCCUUAA